CAAAAGUGUCUCUGGCUUCAUCUCCUACGAACCUCCCGCCGAGCCCAACACACGACGGACCACAAACGCACGUGACCUAAUCUCCGCGAUCGAAUAUCUACAGAAGAGAACUCAAAAGAAAUGGACAACACUGUGAGCAUUAAGCAAGAAGCACCACCGCCUCUUCCUCAAGAGAUCUAUGAGAUACCGGGAGAGCCUGCAGUUGUCAUCAACGGUGUCCCUGAUGAGCCUCAGACAGAGUCUAUGAUUCCCAAAGACGAACCAAAACCAUCGAGUGCCGCAACUGUAGGAUGUGGAGAAUGGCUUGAGGGUAGAGAAGUUCGGAAGUUUUUCUUGGGUCAGUACUAUUCAGGUACGGUGACAAAGUUCGACAAAGGUACUGGAUGGUACAUGGUUGAGUAUGAAGAUGGAGAUUCUGAAGAACUUGACUGGUCUGAGCUUGAAGAAGUGCUUCUACCUUUGGACGUUACUUUACCACUGAGAUCGAUCUCGUUAUGGAUCAUCAAGAAUCGACAAACGCAGGGUCAAGCUUAUGGAUCCAUGCCGAAGCGCUAGACCAUGAACUCUUAACACUAGUGAGUCUGGCUUAUUGUGCUGAGUGAAUAUUGCUGAAAGCACGAUGAGAAGAGGUUACAACACCCUUAUGCCUUAAAACUGUAAACACUUUUAACAGUCUUUUGAAAUUUUCCUCACUUGAAUAUAUUCGGCCACUAGUAGAGGAACAUUGUAAUAGUGGAACCAUAGAAUAUAGUAGUAACGCUAGAGACAAAUAACGUUUUGUUUGGUAUAUGCUAAAAUCCGAAUUUUAGUAGAUGAAUGAAGUUUGUUUAUGUGUUACCAAAAAA